AAAGGCACAAAACAAUCUAUAAAAUUUGAGUAGAGAGCAAAAUUUGAAAUGUGUUAUUUUUCGCAGUUAAUAACUCCCUUGCCAUUGACUAGAGCAGUAAUUCCUUCAGUGAAAUAUAUCCAACAGAGUAUCUUCCAGAUUUUGAUUUUCUGUGAUGCUCUUCUUCAUGUUAGGCUACGUUCUCUACUUCAUCUUCUUCUUCUUCGUCUUUUCCAUCCUCACCCAAUUCGCCGCCGGAACUUCCUCCAAACCCCUCUCCUACUGGUGUAACAACACAGAAACUUACAAUUCCAACAGCUCUUACGGAUCCAACGUCGAAUCCCUCCUCUCCGAUCUCACCACAUACGCCUCCCGCGGCUACCGAUUCUACAACUCCACCGCCGGCGUCGGCAACGCCACCGCGUACGGCCAGUUCAUGUGCCGCGCCGACGUCUCAGCCACCGUCUGCGCCAGGUGCGUGAAGAACGGCGGCGUAGACAUAGAGCAGCCGUGCCCGGUUUACAAGACGGUCGUCAUCUGGUACGACGAGUGCGUGUUGCGUUACUCGGGCCGGUCUAUGUUCGGGAAACUGGACCAGACCUAUCCGGUCGUUUUGUACUCGCAGUACGACCCCAGACCGGACCGGUUCAUGCGGUGGGUGGAUAUGGCUCUGUCUAAGACGGUGAACCGCAUCACCGGCAAGAGUUUUGCGUUCGGGGAAGAUAAAUUCAACGGGAAUGAGACGAUAUACACCGCCGGUCAGUGCACGCCGGAUCUUUCCGCGUCGGAUUGCGAAGAGUGCCUGACCAGUGCGGCCCAAAAUCUGGUCGCGGAGGCUGCCAAUAGCGUUCUUUACCAAAGCUGUAAUGUCAGGUACGAGGUUUACCCUUUCUACAACGUCACCGCCGCGUUUCCGCCGCCUCUUCCUCCGCCGGCUCUUCCUCCUCGGGUCCAUCCUCCCUUGCCCGGCACACGUGCACCUUCUGGCAACAAAGGAAAUAACUCUACAAAAACAAUCACUAUUGUUGUAGUUAUCAUCAUUGGAAUUAUAAUACUUAUCAUUGCAGCCCGUUGUCUUUUGAAAAUCCAAAAUUCCAAAAAGGGAAAUGAUAAAUUACAGCAUACAGAUGUGAUUAGUAUCUUAAGCGAGGAGUUCUCCCAAUACGACUAUGGUACUAUUCAAGCUAUUACGAAUAAUUUCUCCUCUCAAAGUAUAGUUGGUGAAGGUGGAUAUGGUUUUGUUUACAAGGGAAAACUCCCCGAUGGACAAGAGGUAGCAAUAAAAAGACUUUCAAAAAGUUCAGAACAAGGCGUUCAGGAGUUCAAGAAUGAGGUUGAAGUUGUCGCCAAGCUUCAACACAAAAAUUUAGUAAAACUGUUGGGAUUUUGCUCAGAUGGUGAAGAAAGGAUACUUGUGUAUGAAUUUGUGCCGAAUAAAAGCCUUGACUACUUUUUAUUUGAUCCCCAGAAUCAACACCUUUUGGAUUGGUCAAGACGUUAUAAGAUUAUAGGAGGAAUAGCGCGAGGAUUGCUUUACCUUCACGAGGAUUCUCGUCUUAGAAUCAUACAUCGUGACCUAAAAGCAAGCAACAUACUAUUGGACACAAACAUGAAUCCAAAAAUAUCUGAUUUUGGAACAGCAAAAAUUUUUAUGCUUGAUCAAACUGAAGAAAAUACAUGUAGAAUUGUUGGGACAUAUGGUUACAUGCCCCCCGAGUAUGCUUUAUACGGAGAGUUUUCCGUUAAAUCUGAUAUCUUCAGUUUUGGAGUUUUACUAUUGGAGAUUAUAAGUGGGAUGAAAAAUCGGCGUUUCUUCCUAAUUAAAGGCACAAAACACCUCCUUAGCUAUGCAUGGGAACGAUGGAAGGAUGGCACACCAUUGGAAAUAUUGGAUCCAGCGCUUACAGAAUCCUACAAAGUAGAAGAGCUCAUCCAGUGUAUUCACAUUGGUUUACUUUGCGUUCAAGAAUAUCCAGAAGAAAGACCAACAAUGCCAGAAGUAAUGUUAAUGCUUAGUAGUUAUUCCAUUUGUAGUUGGCCAAAACCUAGUGAGCCUGCAUUUUACCGCAGUGGAAGUGAUGGGAUGCCUAUAGAGUACUCUGCACCGCUUGAUAAUGUAACUUCACUUUCUGAACCAUCUCCAAAUUAAGAUUUACUUUCAUGGAAUUGAGACUGACAUGGGCUGAGUAUAUGUAUGUAGAUGCAAAUUUAAGUUUUGAGAUGAAUAUAAUGGGAUUCAGUCAUUCAAUAUAAAAUAUUUAAAAGUACUCUGCAGAAAUUAAUGUAUGAAGAAUGAUCAUGGUAAGUAUUUAUUACUCUCCGUAAUGAACACUGGAUUUUGUUCCACCGAGC